AGCCACUUCAAGAGCGAAGAAGACCGUCAUCCCACCUUGCUUGCUCUGACGAACAUGGCACCAACCUGCUUCAGCGGUUGUGCUCGUGGCCUCCCAGAGUUCUUGAAGGGAAGAGGCUGUCUGCGUGGAUUGCGGGACAAUCAGAGCGCAGCACUAGCGGCAUCCAGACAGGCCGAUCUUUUGGUGGAAAGAGAUGGCGCAGCAGCCUCAAUCCCACAGCUCAGCUGUCCUGGUUUGAUCUCCAGAAGUCAAUCGGCCAUCAGCGAAGAGGUGCAAUCAGGUGCUUCUUUUGCCAUGGAAAGGCCCACUCUUCUCACUGCCAAGGCGGUUUCACCAAGGAAGGAGACCAGCGCUCCAAGUCCUUUAGGCAAGCUCGGUCCAAGUCCUCGAGACCUUGACGGACCUGAUGGAUCACUCUCAGCAUUGACCACUGCAACCGCUUUUGAAGAGGUUGGAUCUCCUGGAAAUGCUCAAACAACUUUUGGCUGUUGCAUAGCCGGAGCUCCCAAUCCGCGUUCUACCAAUCUGGAUUCCGAGUGGUUCUGGGACACCUCUGCAGCGGUGGGAGAGGCAGCCUGGAAUGGCGGGAAGAAUGUUGCAUCCUUCCUUGGUGAGCAGAUCUACACAGCUGCAGUAUUUGCACAACCACACCUGGAAUCCAUGGCAAGCUCCACAGCAAAUGCUCUCAAAGCAGCUGCGGAGGACAGCAUGGACAAGAUCCGAGCCCUUGGACCAAGAAGAAGCAAGCUUGAGCGGGCUCGGGCAAGUAUGGCCUUGCACGCACCAGUUCUACAAACACCUGCUUUGCCAUCACUUCCUGAGCUCGAUGCAUAUACAGCACAAAUGGGCUUUGGCUUUGUAGCUCCAGGAGCAAUCAAAAAACCUAACAUUUUUUUGAAAGGAAGCUCGCAGCGUCCUUGCCUUGCUCCUAGUAGUAAGGCCAGGAGCCCCUAGUAGCUUCUUGUUACUAGUAGAGAUGCCAGGAGCCCCUAGUAGCGUCCUUGCUCCUAGGGUGGCUGGGCAAAGUGGAGCACGUCCUGAUCAAAUGAUUGAGCCAAACCAUCAGUCUUCCCGCUCCCGGUGUGGGACAGUCUUAUGCACAGCCACCGACAUGGUCCAAUCCGGGACAGACGUUUGCUCAUGAAGUGUUCACUGGCCAGCACAGGUUGGUCACAACUUCUCCUCAGGCUCCUCUUGCAACUGGCUUUCGGCCUGAGGGCUUGCACAUGCCUAGCGAUUCGUGGCUUCCACAGCAUUCACAUAGCUUUGCGUACCAGCAGAACCAGGCUGCCUUGGUGCCGCAGCAGUCGUAUAGCUUGGGGCACAGGUACCAAGAUCAACAUGCUCUGAUGGCACAGCACUCACACAGCUGGCAUAUGCAUCAAGAGCAAGCUGCUCAAGUUGCCUGGUUGCCACCAAGAGCUGCUGGUGGCCAUGCACAGUCUUUCACUUUGGGUGAUGCCUCGUACCGAACAACUUCAGGUCGGCGACCCUUGGCACCAAACCGUAUCAGCUCUGCUACAGGCUAAUGCUCGACAGAGUGCCAUUCUCCAGAUUUCAUUGGUUUUGAAGCGCAGCAUGAGGCUGUCGCUUGCAAAUUUGUAUUCAGGCCAUCAAUGCAUGGUUCAGCUUUAGAUCCAAAUGGCACGAACGCCAGCACUGCAAGCCAGCACUGCACGCCCCAAAAAGAGCCUCCC